CAAGACUCUUUGGCUACGGUUUUAUUCGUAAACAGACACCGAACAUCACGGUAGUCAAUUUUGUGCUGCUCGAUCGUUUUCAGAGGCUCUCGCUAGUUGUACUUAUAUUUACGGUCAUCGUAGUCUUAGUAACAUCUCCUGUACCAUCGACUUGUACAGCACUUAGUAAAAUUUUUGCGCGCAUUAGUGAUCUGUGAGGCGGGCAAAUACAGUGGUGUUAACACCAGCCGAGCGGUUUAGUUCAGCUAGUAAGUUGUAGUAAGCGCACAACUUGUGAUAGCGCCAAAGUUCAUUUAGUAACUUGUGAUAAGAUGAAACAAGUUAUUGGGAUAACGCUUUGGUUAGGACUUCUGAUGCUUUGUAAUGCCAUCGGUGUUCCACAAUGUCCAGAACCACACGGCGAACAAGCUUAUCUGCAUCCAGAUCACUGUGACCAAUUUUUCCUAUGUAGAAACGGUACGCUGACAUUAGAAACAUGUGAAAAUGGUCUAUUGUUCGAUGGAAAAGGAGCAGUCCAUAAUCACUGUAACUACAACUGGGCUGUUGACUGUGGCAAUCGCAAGUUUGUCACCGAUCAAUCCCCUAUUUCAACACCAGGAUGCGAGUACUUAUUUGGGAUUUACCCAAAUAGUGGUCAAUGUUCUACCACAUAUACUAAAUGUGCCUUUGGCGAGCCCCACUCGGAACAUUGCGAUACUGGACUAGUGUACGAUCAUCGCAUUCACGGAUGUCAGUGGCCUGAUCUAAUGCUAGAAACAUGCAAUCCCGAGGCUGUAAUUGGAUUUAAGUGCCCGGAAUCAGUUCCAUCUAACUCAAUUAAUCAUCGUUUCUGGCCAUAUCCAAGAUUUCCAGUACCAGGCGAUUGCCACCGUCUUAUUACUUGCGUCGAUGGUCAUCCACGUCUUAUAACAUGUGGUGAUGAAAAAGUGUUUAACGAAAAUUCUUUAACUUGCGAAGAUCCAGAAAACGCUCCAUACGCUUGUAGAUACUAACUACAUUUUCUCGAUUCUCGAGUGCUUAAGGAUGUGUACAGAAAUGUUAAACCAAAUUAGUCCAGAAGAAUUAUCAAAAAUAUUCUCUCACUCAAAAAUAUGCUUCUUUUACAUGUAAAUUUUCGCCUUUUACAAAACAAAACAAAACAUCUCAUAGAUUGAUAUUAUUCGUUCGAAAAUGAAAUGCUAUGAUGAAAUUGAACCGUUUAGUGAAAAAAAAUCAUUGUGAAAAAUUCAUUUAUUCGUUUCGUAGAAAAAAUCAACCCAAAUAAAGCAAAAUGUUACCAAUACAGAACAUAUAUUACUAGCCAA